CACCCUGCGCUGCGGGCCGGCCCCGGGACCGCCGCCGCGGGCAGGAGGGUGUGGAGGGGCACUCCGAGCCUCGCCCCGCUCCCAGCCUGUGAUGCGAGGCGCAGGCAUGCUCAGUAGCCGGUGCCUACCCCUCCUCUCCCGACAACAGAGCCUGCAACAGUAGGAGCCGGCUGGCAGCAGGCGCGGAGCCGAAAGCCAUCUUUGCCGGAGAGGGAGCCAGCGCAGCCACCCGCUCGCCAUGUCUGUUCCAGCAUCUGCCCAGGGUCCUGCAGGGGCUGCAGGGGCUGCAGGGCCCCCUCCUGCCACCAACGUGUCCAGCAACAAGAGACUGCAGCAGACACAAGCCCAGGUGGAUGAGGUGGUGGACAUCAUGAGGAUGAACGUGGACAAGGUGCUGGAAAGGGACCAGAAGCUGUCGGAGCUCGACAACCGGGCAGAUGCAUUGCAAGCGGGUGCCUCACAGUUUGAGACCAGUGCAGCCAAGCUGAAGAGGAAAUACUGGUGGAAAAAUUGCAAGAUGAUGAUCAUCCUUGGUGUAGUAUGUGCAGUCAUUCUCAUUAUAAUUAUAAUUUAUUUCUCCACUUGAAAAAGCAGAGAAGGAAGACUUGGCACACCUUUGUUCAUAUCAACCGACGAUAUCAGUGUUCCUUUGUUGAACUCCGCUUUUUAAUUCCCGCUGUCUUGGGAUUUUUGCUUGUAAUAACCCAUAAGCAUUCAGUGUGGUGUAUUUUGGAAUUCUGUUGUUUCCACAAGAAACUGUACCAGCUAAAUACUGCCAAGUAGUUCCAUACACUGUCUAAUCACUGUGUCUUAAGAUGUGUACGCACUGACCUUCAGAAACUGUAGUAUAUGAAAAGCAUCCUAAACCAUCUCAGAAUCAGAGAAUGCACCUGUGGGGAAGCUUCUGUUUAAAGGGACACUGCCAGGUGGAUUGGACCCAAAUCUAAGGUUGCAGCAAACAUUAGGACCAAAAUUUUCAAUCUGAGCUCCUAAAGUUGGAUGGCAGCAUCCAUUGUCAGAUGUGUCUGUUACUCCCAUUGAAGAGAGUGGUACCUCUAAGUAUUCAUGUAAGAUACCAUAUUUCAGUUUAGCCAACCAAACACAGAUUUCUUUGAGGUUAGAUGUAGAAUCCAAGUCUAAAAACAUUGUAUGCAGAAAAUAAAUAAAGACUGGUUUAUCAUCUUUUAUGGAUUUAAUCUUUUUCCUCAUGGACAACACCUCUUGGUGUUCUGAACAACCAAGAUGGCCUCAAUAUGAAAGCCAGAAAGGAAAAAAACCUGUGAGACAGCCAAAAAGCAUUAGCUAGCACAGUCCUGAAAAAACAAGUGAAAUGCAGAAGUGGUGAUGCCAGCAUCACAAAUGACUCAGGUACAGUCUCUUGCUGAAGACUCAAGGCCCUGUUUGUCAGGUUCCAUGGGACAUCUCUUGGAUGCCAAUCCCCAAUAAUCAGGCCCUGACCUGGAGCCCAGGAGCAGCGCUGGUGAUGUCUGGGGCUGCCCAGCUCUGGGGAGGCAGCUGCCUCUGCAGCAGUUUGCAGAAAUAGUCCCCAUGGCCAGGAUGGUCCAAAAAUCAGGAAGAAGGCAGGGGGAACAGUGGGGAGAGGCUGAGGAAGGGAGGGGUGCCUAGCAAAGCUUUCCUGGAGAAGAGGAAGGAACAGAAAAACUGUUUAAAGUAGGGGUGUUAAUAGGCUUUAAAAAGAUAUGUUUUAAUUUGUGCAUGUGGCUAGUUCAUAGACCAUAGUGUCAUCUUUGUAAAGUGCUCAGCUGACAUACCUAUUAUACUCAAUUAAUUUAAACUAACAUUUGAUGUAAUUAAAAGAAAUUAUAUAUUGUGGCUUGAGAGAAAGUUCUUUAUGCUUUGGUGAAUUUCUUGCUUUUCUUUUUAAGACAGUGAAUAGUUUAAUCAUCCUCAACCAAACUAAAAAUGAAUUAAUCAAAUUGUGAGCCAGGAAAUGCAGAAAAGGGUCUUUUUAGGAUAACCCCUUUAGAAUUUCUAAAAAGAAUUCAUAGAACUUAAACAAAAAAUUGAUGGGUUGGGUUUUUUUGUCUGCAAUUUAAUUAGGGAAUAGAAACAGUGAUAAUAGUAGUGUAAAUAUUCCCACUGAGGAGUAUUUCUCUUGACAUGGUUUUAGAGUAAAAAAAAAUUGAGAGCCUGACCAGUUUGUUGCUGUGAAUAUAUAUAUAAAUUGUGCUGAAGUAGAAUUUUGCAGAGAGAAUAAGUAAUGAUCAAAUUAAAUGUUCCAGUUGCAUUUUCCCCUAAAUAUUUAUCACUUUAUAGUCACGUGUACUACUUCAUAUCAUUAAGUCAAAAGUGGCCCCAGUCUUAAUGAAGCUGGAUAUUCAAAGUUACUAAUGUGAUACUGGACUCCCUGGUAUGCCCUGAUCAGUCAGUCCUUCACUGGGUGAGAACACAAACAAUUCAGAAAUCCUCCUGGGCUGGACAAAAACACAGCAGGGAUGAAAGACCUGACUCUGUGAGGUGACACAAUUGUGUAUAAAUGAGCUUUCACUGGGAGAGGAAUGAGCCAUCCAACUUCAGGAGCCUUUUUUGACUGCUAAGGUAACUGGAUAUGUGAUCUGAAGGAAUGAACUGCUGAGAGUGGGACCCUGCCACCCACAGCCAUGCUGAGCGUGGUGUCCUCACUGGGCUUCUCUGCUGAACACUCCUGAGAUGGGCACAGCUUUUGCUGGAGGUGGUGCAAUCAGGAAGGUGAAAUGCUGAUACUGAGCCUUAAUACAGAUGUUCCUUCUCCUCUGGGAGGCUGAACUGAUACUCAGCUGAUAGGAGUGCAAAUACACAUUAAAGAGUUUGAUUCCUCUAGCUGCCAACACACAAAGCUCCCACAUGAAACUGCAGUGGAAGUGCUACAAGGAUGCAAAGCUCACAUUCUCCCAGCUAAUGUAGUUCAAGUGAGUUAAUAAUCAAAAUCAAAUCUUACCUUUAGCUGAGAGUAGAGAAUAGAAACUGCCCUUUGUGGAAUGUGGACCUAUUCUCUCUCAAAAUUGUAACUAAUGGGGAUGACAGCUAAAUAUGAGUGAGAAUUUGCAAGGAAGAGCUAAGAAACCUACCUUCUAGUGGGUUGUAGAAUGUCUCCUCCUGACUAUUUCCUCCUGUGUGGUGAUGAAGUAUGGUUAAUUAAUGUGUUUAACUUUUCAAAGUCAUUGGCUCUUGAAUGCUCAGUGUUUGCUACUGGUUGUGCUGUGGUGGUUGGUGUAAUUGGUGAGAUAAGCCACGUAAUCUUUCUAAUUCUGCCCAGGGAGCAUGAACAAAUGUGUCUUGCCCUAUGCACAGAGCUCAUCUGCCCCUGCAGAGGAUUAAACCUUCAGCAAGGAGACCAUGGUAAUGGAGGACUGUUCAGGGUCAUAGGUUGUGCUACAGCAUGUCUCCCAUCCGUGCAGGCUGGUGCAGAGCACAAUCUAUAGAAGCACAGCUGGAGCUCUCAUUUGUGGUGGAGCCAGGAUUGAUUGCCUUCCACUCUAUGUCUGAAAUGUCUGUGCAGUUACAACUGCCUGCCUGUGAAUUUCCCAUGAAAUGGUUAAGUCAUUCUUGUUCAGUCACCCCCAACUGGAAUUGCAGCUCCUGCUCUGUGCCACUGGCACUGCCUGGGCUGUUCCCCUGGGCUGGUGAAACAAAGGGUCACAAAAGGGCUUCCUUUAGUGACCCCUGGCACACCCCCAGGGGGCUGCAGGGCCGUGGCUUUCUGACUGCAACCUUGGGGACCAAACUGAGGCCUCCUCUGGCUGGAAGCAAUGCUUUUGAUAGCUUUAUCCAGAAUCAGACACUGUUUGGGAUCUGCAUAUUCCAUCCUUUCCAGAAGCUCCUCUGCUCUCUGGAGCACAGCUGUACAGCAGGAGAUGCCCUUCCCACACAGCACAGCUGAAAGGAAGGGGUUAACAGCUGUCAGUGCCUGUACCAUGGCUGCUGCUUGGCUUCCCAGUGAUCUUGUCAAUGAUCCUACAUCAGCCUCUGAGCUUGAACAAGUGUUGCUUGCACCCACUACCAACAGGUCCUGCUUGGCUGUUACUCUUUCAAAUUAACUCAUCUUGCAGUGACACAGAUGUGGCUUUAAACCCAAAACACAGGUGUGGCUUUAAUCCCAAAGCCAGUGGUGCACAGAACUUGGCAGGAAAACUUAGUGUGGAAGCCCUAACGAGGUGCUUGACCUGAUUUUCACUUGACAGCAUUACAUAACAGCACAGUCAACCCAACAGAGUCAACUAAUCCAAUACUAUUAGAAGGAGGAUGGGAGAAACUGAUAAAGAUUCUGAAUGUAACCUAGGGUCUGUAAGAUCAGGGGUGAUUUAGAAAUGUAGUCAGUUGGACUUCUAAAGCUGGCACUUUCGUUCAGUUGGAACCUGCAUGAUGUUACCCCAGGAACAAUUCAGGCAAGUAAAAUAUUUGGCUUUUUUUCUUUUAAUAUAGUGAUCUGCAAUAAGAGACUUAACCAGUGAUGGAAGAUCAGGACAUUAUUGACUGUGCAAGGAAUUCAUUAGAAUUUCAGCCUCAGUCUGCUAUGCUUUUGUUUGAGUAGCAAGAUCUUUUAAAACUCUGCUGUUUCUGUCACUGCUCCCGUGACAAGGCUUCACCUAACUUUAUUUUAUGAGCAGCUGCACUACUUCCUGUCUGAAUGCAAUGGAUUUUAGCUCUCAAGACCAAGUUCUUGACUUGACAUUGGUAUUAGUGCAUACCUGCAAGAUGGUGAUGUCUGUUUGCCAGAAGGGCAUGGACCAUGGGAGACUCAAAUUUGAGGAACUUGCAGAAGCUCCAUCUCAGCACUUCCAUGCUUUCACAGAGGGAAUUUUCUCUAUUCCAUGGGAGAUUAUCCACACAGAGGGAAUAUGCAUGAUCUGUUAUUUUUUUGAAGAGAGCACCUUGACUGCAUGUUGGUGGAAGACCUCCACAAAUAACCUAGGGAGCACUGGAUCCAGGAUUUACCUGCCAGCCCUGCUCCUCCUGCCCUUUAAACAGGGAAGGGGCUGAACCAGCAGCCAUAUAAGGCACUGGGCUCCCUCCCAAAGUACACAGUGAGUAUUAGAGAAAGGCCUCAAAGUCUCUUUGAUCUGGGUUUGCAUCCUGACCUAAACUUUAGACCUGUAACAGAUCAUAACCUUUGGGCCCUCUGUCUCGUCAGAAGACUGAGAUGCUCCUCCAGCCAGUUCUUCCUCAUCUGAUUUAGGUUCCUGUUGCUAGCCAAGAUACAUUUGAGCCAGAGAAAGCACAAGCACCCUCAAAAUAGCUUCUUUAAAAGAAAAAUCAAAAGACUGAAGAGAGUAGUUUGAAAAAAAAGAGAAAUUAUUGGCUGAAGAUUUCUCAAACUGUUACAUUAUUGUCAGGAGGGAUACUAGAUUGGGAUGUGUGAAACAACCAAACCAGAAUCUCACACCAGUUGUUCUUCCUCCAUCUGGUCUACUUCAGAAAUACUUCAGGAAAGGAUUUUGUUUUCCUCUCCAGUUAAUUUCCCUUCCUCAGCUGAUUAAUGUGUGUCUCAAUUGAUGUGCUCAGUAGUUUUUAUUCUCCAUUGAGAACCCUAAGACUCUCUGCCUUUAAACACAUGCAUAAAAAGAGAUCUGAGCCACCCAAGGAGUUUACCUUCCUUCCUGGUGCACUGACAUUUAAGAGCUACAUCUUAGAAUAAAGCAGGAAAACUGUGGCAGUCUGGUUACAUGCAGUUUUGGUGGAGUAAACACUUGAUUAUUCAACAAUGAGUCACUCCUGCAGUAACCCCAUUCUGUCAUGAGUGUAUCACAUCUGCUAACUCUCCAAAGCAAAAACCAGACCCUGCACCUCUUCAAAACAUGAACACGGCCUCGUGGCUUGCACAUAACACUCUAUUCAACCCAAGCCAUGUACUAGGAGUUUAAAAGGGCAAAGCACUUCUUCUCAAAGAGAAAAUAUCAUGGAGAGCAACAAAGACAAUUAUGAAAAAACCCUUCUCCAUUCUUUAGCUCUUCUCACAGUGUCUGGCUUAUCCAUUAUUCUUCAAGCCUCUCAGAAAGCUGUUGUGGUUUUGGAGUGUAUUUGGAGCACAGAAUUUUGGGGCUGUUCUGCCCUCUGGGUUGACUCCCUGCCUUGUGCCACGCUGUCACUGUUGCCCUCAGCCAGAGCUCAGGUGGCCUUGGCUGAAGCAGAACCUCCUCCCACGACACCCAGCUCUCCUCAAACCUCCCCUCUGCUCAGCCACACCUGGGCUGGCUUCUGGGCCUCCAUUUCCUCCAAAAAUUAGGGGAUACAAAAGGCUGAACAACAGCAUUUUUGCUACACUAUCUUAAAUUGUAACACUGGAAGUUUAAUUCAAUUUGUUUAACAAUUCUUGUAACAGUAAUUUCAUUCAUUUUGUUGGAAAGAGAGGAAACAGUAAAUAAGGAUAUUGUGGCAGUCACAAUAUGAUAAAUUGGGAAAUGGUGCAAUGAAAUAUCACUACCAUUCAGUAAAAUCCUUUUUGUAAGUGGCUCUACCUAAGAGAAGCCUGUUUAUAUUAAAGUUAGGCAGUGCUUGUCUGUUAAAUUCAAGUUCUUACAAUGAACUGUGACAGAUGGUAGUGUUUUUCCUGGGCAGUGCAGGAAGGAUGGUGCAGCACUCCUUGCAGAGAGAACCUUUUGGGGUGUUUCAGCCCCAGACAUGGGGCUGCUGAGGCUGCAGCAGUGCUCAAGGAUUUCAGUCAAAUUGGGAAUUCAGAGUGCCUGGGGCAGUAAAGAUGCAGCCUGAAUGUCCACUUUGUCCUAGAGCGGUUUGGGCUCAGCAAUGGAAUAUUUUUGGCACAGCACAAUUAUUUUGGUUACUCUCAAUCCACUCCAGUACCUGUGCUUGUCCACCUGUAAAUGGUCUAAGGUGAGGGUAAAAAAUCCCUUUGUUGAGUCCCUUACCUUCCUGUCAUAUAUAUGUGAACACAUGGUGGUGGUCUGAGCUUUUUGUGAGGAAAAGUUUAUAAGAAUUAAAUCAGUUUCUACCCCUGAUAGAUUGCAGGUUUGUUUAAAGUAAAACUAAAUUAUGGCAGCUGCAGUUAUUUUCUUUGUGAGAUCAAGGAUUGAGAUAGUGCAUAUAAUGGACCUAAAAAUUAAUAUAUGCACAAUGCAUAAUUUUUCAGGAGUUUAGCUAUUAAUAUUUAUAAUAUUGAUCUGAAAGUUUGCUAAAAUUUCUUUAUUAAUGAAAGUAGUCUUGGCUGGAACUGAAAAUUGAGUGUUUGGAGGGAGUGACUACCAUGCCACUUGCAAACUGCUAAAUAAUGCAAGUUCAGCCUCUCAUGAAACCCAAAGGGAAAAAGUAUUCUGAAUAAAAAUAGAAAUGUAUGGUAAAGACUAUGGGUAUAAAGUUUAACCAUUACUUAUUUACAUAUUAUUUAAGCAAUUAGCAGCUAUAGAAAUUGUCAAAUAAUUAGUUUCCAAAGCUUAACUAUUGAUGAAAGAAUAGUUUUUUUCUCAUCGGAAAAGCUAACUUAUAUUCCAUCUACUUUUUCCCCAGACAACAAAAUGCCAAUAAUGCUAUGACACACUCACAGGUCUGCACAAUAAAAUGUUACAGAUAGCUCACUACUUGUCAUGAAAAACAUCCUUAUUUUUGUAAAUGAAACAUCCUCCCUCCCCCAAACACAAAUGUGGUAAGAUAUUACUCAGUCUUUUACUAAGAUCUUAUGAGGUUUAUCAGCAUCACUGCAAGAUUAGAAAUUAGCACCUCCUACUCAAGAGCAGGACUUAAAACUUGCUUUGUCUGUUGCAAAAAUACAUUCUGAGGGGGAUGCACCAAGUGUGUGGAGGUUAAAGUUUGAUUUGACAAGUCCUGUUCUUUUUUCCUUCCCCUUUCCAAAGGAAGUGCUUACAUAUGCAGCCAGGCAUUUGCCAUUUGGGUGAGAGUUCUCCUUCCAAGUAGGAAAGAGAUGAAACAGCCACUGUCUAUUGAGAGCAACCUUUAGUUUGCUUUGCAGCAUAAAAAGUCCUCUAAGUGGCAAUAUAUGAACUCUUAUUAUAAACUUGUUAUGUUCAUAGCAGGAAAUGAGUUCAUAGCCAGCUAAUUAGUAUUUUCCUUAAUGACUUGUGCUUGAGUGUUAACACAGAAGAGCAGUCUCUGGAGGGGUUUGUGUAAUCAGUUCAGCACUGCAGUGUCUCACACUCGCCUGCCUGGAGUGAGGAGCGAGGCAUGGCCAGGCCUGGAAGGGACUUCAGCAUGUGCCCAAGCAUACAGUGAGUUUCUGUUUUCUGUUUAACACAGCAAAACCCCUCCUUUGCCCUUGCUAAAUCCAGGCCUGGGGUGGAGUCUGUGCCGUGUUCCAAAUCAGAAGAGGAAAAUCCUCUCCUCUGAAUGAUAAAGAAUGUGGGAGAAGAGGAUUGCUGGGGUUGUGGUCCCGUGUCCUGCCCGAGGCAGGGCUGUCCUUGGGGCUGGGGCAGGUUGCAGGGGCUGUGUCUCAGUGAGGUUUCUCCAUCCCCAAGGCCCCACAGCACACGCUGUCAUUGGCUGUGUUCAGUGCCCCACCGAGGCUGACAAAGGUGCAGGAAACACCCUUGUGAGUGUUUGUGGUUUAUGGCUUUGCCUUUUUGUUCUGUUGUGCACUGAUCUGAUUAGAAUCAAAUUCAGAUCUAGUGGAAUUAAGUGCAACCCCUCUUUUUUCAACGAACUUCCACUGACACCCAGAAAUUUCCUUUCUUUCUUGUUGCCACUGGACUGAGGCAGAUGUGAUCAUGCUGAGAACAUCAGAGCAUCCUCUCUCUUGUGUGUGUGUGUGAAGCCUUUCUCUGGCACUGAAACUGGAACAGGCACAGAAUCAGAGUCAGGACAUCUGCUGAAAUCUUGUUCUGUAUUGUCUGAGGUCAGUGACAAAAUCUUGAGUGGCUGCUGAGUUACUAGACUGGCACCAAAGAAAGAAGAGGAUUUACUGAGGUUACCCUUUCUCCUCACAAGGAUCCUUGGCAAUGCCACAGCUGUUUCAAAUGCUGAUGGAAUGGCAGUGCAAAAUAAAAACCUUUCUUCUACCUCUUUCCUUGUGAUUCUUCAAGCUUUACUUCCUGUCAUGGGAACAAUCAGUAAUAAGUUUUCAGUUGCCCUUUUAAAAGCCCAAACUCCAGACCAAAUCUCUAGUUGCAUUCUUUUACAGGCCCCACAGUGGUGUUAAGCUCUGUGGUAACACACUCAGAAAGGGCCUGAAAGUCUGUGCUGAGAUCAGCAUCUCUCACCUCAUAGACUCAGCUGUACUGAGCAAGGAGCUGUGAUUUGUGCCUCUACAGAGAACAACCCAUUUGCACCUUACUGGAACUAUCUGGAGAGGAAAAAAUAACCUUGUGGAGACCAGGACAUUUCUUAAAGUGCUUUACCUGGAGGUCAGUGGAAUUUCAUUUAUAAAUGAUAAAAUGCAUGUAUUUUGAUGCUGAGGUUGUGAUGACUUACAAAGUUUGAUAUUACUGUACUUUUCUGUGAACAGUGAUUUUUUUGAGGUGGUGAACAUAUUUUCCAAGAGUAUCGUAGACAUUUGUAACAUGUAUGUUUGUGCCAAUAAAUCUUGUUUUAAGAAC